UAUGUAUUCCUCCGUUUGAGAGAGAGAAACAGAGAUUUUCAUCUUCAAACUCUUUCUUUGGGAUUUGGGUUCUGAAAUUUCAUGGAUCUCUUUCAUUUUCCCCUUCUCCAUUCCGGAUCUCCACCUUGAAUUUCGUGUAAUUCUGCAACAUUCUUCUUCUUCUUCCAUUUGGGUUUCUGUUUUUUCUGGAAUUCUUUUGAAAUCUCAGCUCCAAUUUGGAUCUUGGUUUUGCAUGAUUUAUGCCGAUCCUUCCUCUACUGUGAAAGUGGUGAAUCUCUGUGUUUGAUGAGUUUUUAUCACAAUGAAUGCCUAAGACAUGGUGAUGAAGAAGAGGUUGGAUAAUGGAUUCAAUGGCCUUUCGGACUGGACCGUUCCGAGAUGUCCGAGAUCUUUUCGAAAGAGGGUUCAUUCAAAGAAGGAUUUCGAGGAUGGCCAGAUCUGUGCAAUUGAACUGCUGGCUUCUUUAGCAGGGAAGCUUCUGCAAGAUGGCGAAAGCACGGCGUGCAGCAACACAUCCGAUGGAGAUCACUCGGUGAUCGGCACGAAUGUCGUCAAGGAAGAUAAAUCGAACCAAGAGAAGGGUUUCAAGGAGAAAUGCUGUGAUGGUGGCAGCAGCCAAAGUUGUGAUCUUGCUAUAGAAACAACUGAUCAGAAACAAAAUCUGAAGAAACUCCAAUAUGUAGAUAAUAUUACUGUUUUCGAUUGUACUUCGGUAGUCGUAAAUUCCAACAGCUCGGAUGAGGCCUGUGGUGAUGUUAAGCCUGUGGUUUGCAAGACAGAGUUCGGAGAUUAUUGUACUAAACCAGAGGAAGGCUCCCCAGAUUCUCUAGAAUCAACUGACACUGGUAUGAAGAUCAUAAAUGAAGAACAGCAUGGAUUUCCAAACAUGGCUGAUUCACACGGUUCUAAGGAUUUGAAAAAAUCACCAACUAUGGCCAAUUCAAGCUUCAAAACUGGAUUUCGCAGUUUGUUUUCCAGAUAUAGGAAUUACUUUAAGUUAGCAAGUAGAGAUGAAGAUGAAAAAUUUAGGUCCAAUAAAUCUAGCUUCCACUCGAACUCUUUCAGGCCUCCAUCGCGAAUUGCAGGCCGACGAAUAAGGAAAUUACUGAAUUCAAAACACUGGAAAGCAGCUCCAAAACUGAAGGACUGUGAGGUUCCUAGAUCUGGUUCCAUAGACGACGAAACGCGAAAUCCUUUUCGCAAGAGGAAGUUGUAUUUCAAUAGUGAGAGAAGAUUCCACGGGGAUGGUCUUUACAAAAGGAGGAGAUUUUUCGACCGAAGCUCCGUUGUGAAUUCUGAUGAAGGGAUGAGCAGUGAAAGUGUAUCGAACUCUCCCGAAAAGAGUAUCCACAUCGAUAAGUCUGGCUUAGCUGCAGUAUUACAUGGAGCUAGUGUGACAACAUCAUCAGCUCAACAAGCAUCCUUCCAUUCCAAAGAUUCUCAUGUAAAAUUUAGCAUUAGAUCAUUCAAGGUGCCAGAGUUAUUCAUUGAUGUCCCCGAAAACGCGACUGUUGGUUCGCUGAAGAAGAUAGUACUUGAGGCAGUAACCGCUAUUCUCAAGGGUGGAUUACACGUCGGGGUUCUUGUUCACGGGAAGAAGGUCAGAGACGACAACAGAACCCUACUGCAGACAGGACUCUCUUGUAAAGACAAUUUGGACACCGUUGGUUUCACAUUGGAGCCAAAUCUUGUGCAUAAUACAACUUCACCAUUGUGUUCUGAGGAUCAUCCUCAGAUGUUAGCAUGUGACAUAACUGAACUUGUACCCAGCUCGCCUGUAAAUCCUGUUUCGAGCUCGGGAAUACUAGAUGUUGUGGCCUUACCUAAUACUACAUUGACCAACUCCAAAAUCCAAGAUGAAAAUAAACAUGAACUGAUUACUACCAGCAUUGACAAUUUACCUGACAAUUCUUUACAAGACUGUAAAGCUUUAGUCCCUGUUCCAGAAAUGACUAUGGAAGCAUUAGCUGUAGUUCCCUUGAAUCCAAAAUCUAAGCGUUCGGAAGUUGUACAGCGUCGAACUAGGAGACCCUUCUCUGUUUCAGAAGUAGAAGCACUGGUUCAAGCCGUCGAGGAGCUAGGAACUGGAAGGUGGCGGGAUGUUAAGUUUCGUGCAUUUGAGAAUGCAGAUCACCGAACUUACGUGGAUUUGAAGGAUAAAUGGAAAACCCUGGUUCACACGGCGAGAAUAUCGCCUCAGCAGAGAAGAGGCGAGCCUGUCCCACAAGAACUUCUGGACCGGGUGCUGGCUGCACAUGCUUACUGGUCGCAGCAUCAGGCAAAGCAACACAGCAAGCAUCAUCAAGCUGGAGUUGUGAAGGCCAUUGAGGGCUCCAGCUGUUAGGCUUCUCGUCUAACAGGAAAGUUCCCACAUUUAAUGUAAAAAAGGAAAGUAGGUACAUUUGACUCUGCUGUAAUCAACCAAGGAAGGCAAAUUGUAAGCAUGAUUUUAAUUUCUUGUAUCCUCACACUUUGAUUCAUUGUUUAGCCAUCCCAUUUGGGAGGAGUUGUCAGUUGUAAAUAUGAUUCUUGUAAUAAUGAAAUUCUAACAGGAUUCUUUCUGUGUUUAGACAUUCAAUAUGUUCAGUUUUACUGUA